GAAAGUGACCAGUCCGAUCCUGUCUAUCAAUUUGCGUAGUCUUUAGACAAGGAAUGUCAGAUCAGGAGGUUCUUUCCUUGUCUUAGUUGUAAAAUCUAUGGUUUAAACAUUCUGCCAUUUAUUUACUGUGAAUGUGAAUCAAACAUAACCACAUAAGUCAGGGGUUUCUUCUAGUUGUCUUCAUCUAUGGGUUUCUUGUCUUCAUAUAUGACGGCCUGAUGUACCACUGAUAUUUUAACAAAAUUAUCCGGCUGUUUAUUGACUAUUUUAUCAAUUUAUAUAUUACAUUUUGCUUGUUUCAUGUUCGUUUUUUAACCGUGAGAAUCGAGAUUGGUUUUACAAUUUACUUUUUCAAUAUGUGGUUGCAAGUUCCAAAAUUAAACAAUUGUGCCAGUGGAAUUCUAACUUUUUGUAUCAGAGGCUUGAAAAGCUUUUCGAGCAUCCCUGGCCCCAAAACCCUGCCAGUAGUUGGAACUUUGUAUCAGUAUUUACCUAUAGUAGGUAAUUAUAAGUUCAAAGAGCUCCACCACAAUGGUUUAAAAAAAUACCAGAAAUAUGGCCCGGUAGUUAAAGAAGAAUUGGUACCAGGCGUUACUAUACUCUGGCUGUUCGAUCCGCAAGACAUUGAGAUGAUGUACCGCUGCGAAGGAAAAUACCCUCAAAGACGUAGCCACUUGGCAUUGGAAAAAUUUCGAUUAGAUCGUCCCAACGUUUACAAUACUGGUGGAUUGUUGCCCACAAAUGGCCCUGAUUGGCUUCGGAUACGAAAAGCCUUUCAAAAGGGCCUGAGCGGCCCGAGAGCCGUUAAGAACUUCUUGGAUGGCUCGGAUGAAAUAAUCAACGAAUGGCUGGAAGAACGGGUGGAAGUUGUUAGAAAAAAACCAACUACUGAUUUUUUACCAGAACUCUCUAGGCUCUUCUUAGAAUUAACCGGUUAUGCAGUAUUAGAUUUGCGACUGAGAACCUUUUCCAGAGCCGAGCUCAAUAAGUACUCCACAUCAACAAAGCUAAUUAACGCCACUUUCAAGGCAAAUUCCUGCAUUUUGAAGCUGGACAAUGGCCCGCAGCUGUGGAGAAAAUUCAAUACCCCCAUGUACAAACGGCUGAAACGCAGUCAACUUUACAUGGAAGAAGUUGCCAUUGACCUUCUCUCCUUAAAAAUGUCAAUUUUUUCCGACAACAACAUUAAUCAACAUCUCACUUUACUUCAACAGUAUUUCGCAUGUCCUGAUGUGGACUUUCAAGAUAUUAUAGGAACAGUGUGUGAUUUUUUGCUUGCUGGAAUCGACACUACAUCGUAUACCACAAGUUUUCUGCUCUAUCAUUUGGGCAAAUCGCCAUCAGUUCAGCUGGCUUUAUUUGAGGAAGUAAUCAAGCUAUUGCCAGAGAAACAGAGCCCAGUCACUGAAGAAGUGUUGAAUCAGGCCCAUUACGCAAAAGCCACCCUGAAGGAGUUGUUUAGGCUUCGGCCAAUCUCCGUGGGAGUUGGAAGGGUAUUGAAUGAAAGCGCAGUAUUUUCAGAGUACGAAGUUCCUAAGGAUACUGUCGUAGUAAGUCAGAACCAAAUUUCCUGCCGGCUGGACAAAUACUUUGCUUGUCCGCACGAGUUCAAGCCGGAACGCUGGUUGAAAAACCAUCCCCUCUAUGAGAAUAAACAUCCAUUUUUAGUUUUACCAUUUGGACAUGGGCCGAGGGCUUGUAUAGCUCGCCACUUAGCGGAGCAGAACAUUUUAGUUGUGCUUCUAAAGCUCGUCAGAAGAUACAAGAUCGAAUGGAAUGGUUCUGUUUUGGACUCAAAGUCGCUACUGAUUAACGCACCAGAUGGACCAAUCUCAUUACGUUUUGAUGCCCGAUAACUCUUGCGAACGCCAUUCUUUAAGGUGUAAAACCGCAAAUUACUUUUUAAGCAUAUUUUUUCUCAAAUAUUUUUUUAAGCGCUGUUUACUUACCAAUUUCUAGUCUUUUCGAAAUAUGUGUCUUUAAAGUGCCUUUUUAGUUGUUAAUCAAAUUUAAAUCAGCCGAAACUUUAUACGAUAAAAAAUAUAUUCCAAUACUAAAAGAGUAACACAUAUUUUGUAGCGUAAAGCGGACAAAAUAAAUACCAGCCUAUGUUAUACUAUGUACAAUCUGUUAAAUGCUGUAAAAAGUAUUCUACUGAAUACAUGCAGAAAAGGAAUAAAUCAUGCCUUCAAGAAGA